GAACGGAAGGGCGAUUGCUCACACGUUACCCACUCACUACAUUGUUGCCAUUUAUCAACAUCUUCGGAUUGUUUUUUGCACAUUAUCUUAGACAUUUUAUAUUAUCUACUUCACAUAGAGAAUACACAUCUGUAAUUUGGGCAGGACAAGAUGGCGAGCUGCAAUUUUCAGGCGCAGUUGGUAUCCAUUAUGGAGGUAUUGGCUAAAGCAGCAGUAGCAGAAAUAAACAGACGCGUAGAUGAUAGCUGUGCUGUUAUACGUUUGGAAAUGACCCAAAGCCAGCGAGAUAUUGAUGUAUUGAAAAGGAAGUGGCAAAUGAUGGAGAGCGAGCUGGAGAAGACGCGCAGACGAAAAGAGAGAUCUUCAUAUCCAGUCAAAAUUGUUUUGAAAAAGCAGAGGAGUAGCUCACAGUGCAGAGACGAAGAGCUGGCUGUUGAAGAGGACUCUCAACCCCAGUCUACCGAUGUGGAGCAGGGAGUGAAGACUGAACUCAUACUGAUCAAAGAUGAGGAGACAGCAGAGGACGUGUGGAAGACUGACCCUCAGGAAGAGCUCAGGAUCACUGGAGAGGAAUCUGGUUCCAAGCCUGGGAAACCACCAUCCUUUGAGCAACGGCACUGUGAUGAGGACUUCAUCACACAACCCAAUAUAUCUCCCAGAGACUCAGUGGAACAUUACCCCAAUUCUGAUCGUCCAGAGGAACCAGGAACACCCCAGCUCGCAUCUACAGAGGUGUUCAGCACAGAGCAGCACCGGCUGGACGAGGACUCACUAGACCUAGUGAUGGUGAAAGAGGAGGAGCUGGAUCAGACCACGGGCCUGGCAGGACCUGACCAGUUUGUCAUGGAUGAGACUGAUGGGCAGCUGUGGACCUCUGUGGAUCCAGGCAGAGACACUGACCCUGUCUGCCACCCAGAUUUCUCCUUUCAUUCCACAGAAGAGUACUCUCAGAAUAUCUCAAUUUACCCAUCUCAUAGUGGGCUGCCAUCUGUUCCUACUAUGACAGAUGAAGUGGGGCCAUCGCUUCACUCUUCUAUAUGGAAACCACAUGCUAACAUGUUCAGUGCAGCAAAACACAUGACAAGACAUGUCAGGACAUUGGCUGAUGAGACUAGACAACAGAUGCCAGAGGGACAGAGCAGCGAGACGCUGAACUCAAAUAAUGAUGGAAAUAGUUUAGCUCUACAGCCAAGGAAGCAUCAGUACAGGGCUUCAGAAGCAACAGUGAGAUUGAGUGAGUGCAUGACAGGGUCAAACAUGGCCACCACCUCCACCUUCUCUGGAUACAGCCUGAGUCACAGUAGUUUUAACAUGGUGAAGAGAAUGAGGACUCAGUGGAGGUCGGGCGGCACCACUGAGAGGCGUUUCAGCUGCACCUUCUGUGGGAAGAGUUUCCAGCGUCUCUGCCAGCUCAAAGUACACCUCCGGAGUCACACCGGAGAGAAACCGUACACCUGCGAACAGUGUGGCAGGAGUUUUACCAAGCAGUGCAACUUGAUCAGACAUGCUGUGGUCCACAGUGGGGAGAAGCCCUUCGAGUGCACACAGUGUGGGAAAUGCUUCACCCAGCGUUCCAAUAUGACAUCACAUCAGAGAACUCACAUAGGAGAGAGUGCAGUGUCUCCAUACGUAGCACCUGCAUACUCUGGGGAUCCACACACAAGUUUAAUGUAGUCUCAGAACAGAUGGAACAUAAUUGCGUUAUGCUUCAGAAACGCUUUCUAUGUUAAUUUUGGUUUAGAAGGUAUUUUGAGAAAUGUUGACAACCUUUUCCUCCUCAUUGAUUUGUGAAAUGGUUUUCAUGUUUCACUGUUCACGGAUCCUCACUUUUUUAAAUAACCUUUUUAUUUACAUCUACUAACAUUUGAUAUUUCUACCACAAAAUCAUAAAACCAUAUUAUAUUCAAGCAAAUGUAUUUAAUGAAAGAGUCAAUCUGUGCUUUUAGAUGAAUAAUAUGUAGGAGCCAUUUAGUCUGUAUUGUCUAGGUAGUGUCUGACUAUCUGGGAUGUCAUGUCUUGCCACAAGGGACAGUCUCAUAUCAGGUCAGGUUAAUAACUAAAUUCAACUUGAUUUUCAGUUAAGGGUUGGAAAUGACUCUGCUGCCCCAAAGUGUUAAGUUACUGUAUGUCUUUUCAAAACGAGGCAAUAAAAUAUCUGUUUGUGUUAA